GGGGUAACAAGGGUGUUAACCAACUGAUAGAAAACUGGUAGACUGAUAGAAACCAUCUACCAGCGAAGAUGAGUACUUGUGUUAAGACGCGUUGUAAGUUGAAACUCUGGUGGUUUGGGAACUGUUCUAUUUUUGCAUCCCAUCAUUUGGUGUUAUGUCUAAAGUUGUGAUUUGCCACGUUCGUAAUAUCCAAUUUGAAAACUGCAUUCACCUUCGAGCAGUUGAGGAGGACAAAUCCGUCUUUGUUCUCAAAACGAGCGGCAGUUCUUAACCUGCAAUCAUUACAUUGGCCAGACAUCGCCGACCACAAACUUGUUUUUACAAACGUGUCUUUAUUUUCAUUCCAACGCGAGACCUACAUUUUGGAACAAAGAAUGAAUGUGUAGUUCUGUAACAGUCCCCCUGUGCAUCGGCUCGGCUCGGCUCGGCUCUGAAGUGCAGCCACAUAGAGAAGUGAGUCAGUGUUCGGGCAGAGGCAUUCCUGAAAGUGGCUAGUUGAUGCUGGGGUGAGGGCGGUGUCCUGAAUAAAUCCCCUGCUCCAACUACACAUCCCACUUUCAAUACUCAUUCUCCCAAAAUGGGUUCACUGGCUCGGCUGCUGCUCGUCACCUGGCUGUUUCUACCUGUAUUUGAUGCCGAACCGGGCAAGAAAAGAACAGCGCGUCAACGAGACGAGGAGUUAAUUGAAAGGUAUAAUGAGAUAUGCAACCGAGGUUCGCCAGGUAUUCCUGGCCGAGAGGGUAAUCCUGGAGCAAAUGGCAUUCCGGGAAGCCCAGGAAUCCCAGGACGUGAUGGAAUCAGAGGAGAGAAGGGUGAGUGUAUGCAAGAGCGCCUGGAGGAGCCUUGGAGAGUCAACUACAAGCAAUGUGCCUGGAAAGCACUCAAUUACGGCAUUGACCUCGGCAAAGUUGUGGAAUGCACAUUCACCAAGAUACGCAUGGACAGUGCUCUCAGAGUACUGUUCAUUGGUCCCCUGCGCCUGAAAUGUAAAACUCCCUGCUGCCAGCGUUGGCACUUCACAUUUAAUGGAGCAGAGUGCAACGGCCCACUCCCAAUUGAAGCUAUCGUUUAUCUUGACCAAGGAAGCCCCGAAUUCAACUCUACUAUCAAUAUACAUCGGACAUCUACAGUGGAAGGGCUAUGUGAAGGGAUCACAGCUGGUCUUGUGGAUGUUGCACUCUGGAUCGGGCUGUGUGCAGAAGGGUACCCGCAAGGUGAUGCUUCCACUGGCUGGAACUCAGUAUCACGGAUGGUUAUUGAGGAGUUACCAAAUUAAUUUCCAUUCUGCAAAUGCAGUCCUGAAAAACCAAUUUGCUCCCCCAUUGAAAUUAUAUGAUGGAAAAUUAUGAACUUCACAAAAUAAAUUCACUCGUAUUCUUAAUGAAAAAUAGCAGUAACUGAAAUGCCCAAUGAAAAUUGAUCAACUUUGUUCAUUUUAAUAGAAUGAUCACAUUUAAUGUGUUAGUACUUCAAUCUAAAGUUCCAAGGACUAUUAUCAAAACAAAUUUUUAGUGUAGCGAACCAACUUAAAUUUAGAUGGCUAGGAUCCAUGUUUUCAAUCUCUGGAUAAUAGUAAUAUGGUAUCAGCUGUCUAUUAUAUAUUUUGCCUGAUGUCCAUACAAAUGUGCGGCAUACCAAAUCAUAUUAUGCAAAGUCAAAUUUAUCUACUAUAUCAGGGGUCAGCAGCCUUGUUCUACA